AUGGCGACCCGCUAACAUGCCGGGGAAGACGGAGGGCGGCGAGGCGGCGGAGGCAGUUGAUGGGACGGGCCCCGAAGGGGGCCGGGGCCCAGGGCCGGGGCCGGUCCCUCGGAAGGGUACCUCACUAACGACCCCGGCGGCCCAGGACACUGCCCCGGAUGAGGCCCCGGCAUUCACGGGAGAGGAGCCAAUGGUCGCGUCCCAGGAGAGCUCCGGGACGUUGCAGAAGGGCCUGGAGGGCAGCCCGGACGCUAGCUUCACCUCGAAGCCGGGGCUGGUGUGCGGCGGCUUCCUGACGCAGCCCCGCUUGCCCCCAUUGCACUGCUGCUAUUGGGCGCCGAGCGGCCAAGGGCCCAACUCCUGGGAGGCGCUGCAAGUCCCCGAGCCCGGCGCCCCGGGGCUGCCCUGGUCCCCCGACUCCCGCGCGCCCCAGGAGCCACUGCCUCGGGGCCAGUGCCUCAUCCAUAACUGGGUGGAAGAGAGAGCCACCAACGAGCUGGACCGGGUCCUACAUCAUGAGGAAAGCGAGGGUUUCCGCUACCGCCACGGACACGUGGGACUGCUGACCCUGGAGCUGUCCUCCCCCCACACCUCCAGGACCACCCAAAAGGACUCCUACCAGCACCCAGGGAAUCCUCGGAAAGCCCUCCGAGGGAGGAGAGAAGCCAUGCUGGAGCUGCUUCUGCACCACCAGAUCCGGAAGGAAGUGGACCAGGAGUUGAGUCCACCAAAGUAUUUCAAUUAUGAGUCUGUAACACACCAUGAUUAUCAGAGGGAGCUGGAGCAACCUGGGCCACCACCUCCCACCAAGCCUCACAGCCUGCAGGAGCAGCCGGAGACCUACUGGCUACAAAAAGCAUCAAAGCUUCCGGGCGUCAGCAAUAUCCGAACAUAUGACACCCCAUUUCGAAAGAACUGUAGUUUCUCCACACCUGUUCCUCUGUCCAUGGACCAGCCCUUACCUUAUGGCCCUGAGAACUACCCUCGACUUUGAGAGGAAAAUGGUAGGAGAGAAGCAGACUGGAUAAUGGGAUGGGGGAAAUAAAUCAUACA